AUGCUCUGUCCGACACCGCCGAAGCCAACAGAAGUACGAAAGCGUCCACCAUUUCAGCGAAAGUACCACAUCCUGGUCACAGCAGCUGAUGGAGCGGCAGGUGACAUGAUGGACAAAGUCAAUACCUCCGCGAGCGCGGACGAAUUUGGCAUCGAGGACAGGGCUUCCCGCCAAACAUCGAAGGAGACCUCAGGGACCGAGAGUUUGCAGAUCGCCGCUGACUCCUCCGACGAGCAAGACCACGAGACAUGCCUGUCGUUGUCCGAGCUUGAGGGGCCGCCGGAGCCUGGCUCUCGGAGGAAUCCUGUGUACAGCUUCGUACAGAUUCCCAUGCUCUACAUGGAGCCUUCGGUGUGCGGGCAGCAGCUCCUCAUCGGCAGGUACAGUGGCUCAUCAGUUCUGCGCUGCCAUGCGCUGCAAGGUGAGCGAGGCUACAAGGCAUACAUACCGGACAUACUGGUGAGCGAAGCCGAGACAUUUCCUUUUAGUUGCAAGCUCACCGACCUGCUUGAGAUUGCCAUGCGGUCUGGCUUCGUCAAAGCCGCCAUGGCGGAAGCCGCCAAGAUGGGAGUGCAGUUUGCAGUGAACAAGGUGUUUCGGAUCAAGGCCCCUGAGAAUUUGGCACCACCAGUGCUGGCGAUCCAGGAGAAGCGAGCCUGA